AUGAGGGAAGUACCGUUGACAAUAUGUGAACGGGAGUUCAUAUUAAAAGCCAUUGCUGAAAGGAGGAGACUAGAUGGCAGGGAAGCAUAUGAUUACAGAAAGCUGAAGAUAACAUUUGGUAUUGACAGAGGAUGCUGCAGUGUAGAGCUUGGGCUGACAAGAGUGCUGGCACAAGUGUCCUGUGAGAUCACAGAGCCCAAGCAGACACGGCCCACAGAGGGACUUCUCAAUGUCAACUUGGAGUUGUCACCUAUGGCGGCACCUCAUUUUGAAGCAGGAAGGUUAUCAGAAUAUGGCGUAGAACUGAACAGACUGUUAGAGAGAUGCAUCAAAGAUUCUCGAUGUAUUGAUACAGAAUCAUUGUGUAUCAUAGCAGGGGAGAAGGUGUUUUCAGUCCGUGUAGAUGUUCAUGUGUUGAAUGAAGAAGGGAAUAUUAUGGAUUGUGCUAGUAUAGCGGCAAUGGCGGCACUUGCACAUUUCAGACGUCCUGAUGUGACUGUCGAUGGCGAAGAGGUCACAAUACAUAAAGCAGAGGAGCGGGAACCCAUUCCUCUCAGUUUACACCAUAUGCCCAUAUGUGUCACAUUUGCCUUCUAUGAACAGGGGAAGUAUUUAUUGGUUGACCCCACUGAGAAGGAGGAGAAGGUGAUGGACGGAAAGAUGGUCAUUGCAAUGAACAAACACAGAGAAAUCUGCACCCUUCAGAUGACUGGAAAUAUGUUGUUGCUUAAAGACCAAGUUUUAAGGUGCUCCAACAUUGCUGUUGUGAAGGUGAUAGAAAUCACAGAACUCAUCCACAAAGCUCUAGAGAAUGACUCUAAAGCAAGGUCCUCUGGAGAGAAAUUUGGCUUUGCUGCAUCUCAGGAACCUACCAAGGUGACAACCAAUCAGCAGCAGGCUCAGGAGGUUGACACAGAGGUUGCCAUGGAGAUGGCCUAUCAGCUGUUAGAGAAUGGAAAAGAUGAUGAGGAAGAAAUGGAAUCAGUGUCAGAGGUGAAAAUUUUGGGCCCUGGUACUGGAGCUAUAGGGGAGGGAGGUGCUAACACAUGGGGUGUGGAAAGUGAAGAAGAGAACAGAAUGAAGGAAAACAAAACCAGUCAAGUUAACAAGAAAGGUGCAACAGCUGUAGUUGAUAUAACUGGAGAGUUGAGUGGAGACAGUGAGGAGGAAGAAGUUGUAGUGUUGGAGGAGUUGGAUGAUACUAAAACUGGGAAGGGAAAAGGGGACAAUAAAGCACCAGACACAAUAGACCUGACAUCUACUCUGAAAUCUAUAUCCAAAGACUCAAAAUCACCUGCAAAAACAGGUGAAAAAUUGAAGAAGAAGAAAAAGACUGCCAGGUGAUGAUGAUAGCAUGGGUAAUUUCUUAAAUGCCCUCAUGUAAUCAAGCCAGCAGAGUAAAUCAUUUCAUCUAAUAGAAGGAUUGGUAUCAGGUUCUGGAUAUUGGUGUCUGAAUACACCCAAGUUGCUGAUACAGAGCUUGGGAUCAAAAACUGCCUAUGAGAUUUCAAGGGAAAUCUUGUGCCAAGUCAAAUCUGUUUUCAUUGGGUGUGUAAAGCUACCUUCUUCUGUCAUAGCUUUUCAAGGUUUUAGCCAACUGGCUGCCAAAUUUCUAUUUUCAAAGACCAAGAAUGCAGGACCAGUGAAGACUUGCCUUAUAAUCAUAAAUUCUGUCUUGUAUAA